AGAAGAAGACCUCUAAGGAGAUGGAGUCUCAGGGUUUUUCCUCUCAGUCUAGGAACAGCAGCAAUGACUCAGAUUCUUGCCUUCGGGAGAGCCAGCACGUGUCCAUCCCCAUCCUCAUGUGCCUCGUCUUCUUCCUGGGCUUCCUCCUCAACAUCUUCAGCCUCUGGGUCUUCUGCUGUCGGUUUCCCUGCUGGACCUCUGGAGCAAUCCUUCAGUUCCACCUGGCUCUCAGUGGCGCCAUCGCCACCCCGGUCACUCCGAUGAUGGCAGUGUACUUCGUGAAGGGCAACAACUGGAUCUUUGGUCGCUUUCUGUGCCAAGUCAAGAUCGCCUUGUUCAGCUCUCACGUAUAUGGCAGCAUCAUGUUCCUCACUCUCAUCAGCAUCCAUCGCUACGUAGCUGUGGUGCGCUAUAACAGACGCUCCUGCAUGAAACAGAAGCAGUUUGUCAGGCGGCUGUGUGCAGGAGUGUGGUUUGUGCUUCUGAUCCAGUCCCUGAUCUAUGCUUUCACCCUUCCUACGAGUAAAACGGGCUCUAAAAAUCAAUGCCUCUCCAUCCACCAGAAGAAACUGACAAACUCCUACUUUGUCAUUAACUUCAUCCUCUUCAUCUUUGGCUUUCUACUCCCCUUCAUUGUGUCGGCUGUUUGCUAUGGCCGCCUGGCAAUCACCUUAACUCGCCUCAACAUCAGCUCAGCUAAAGGUCAGAGAGUGAAGGAGAAGUCUGAGAGGAUGAUCGCCGUGUGUCUGCUGAUAUUCGGGGUGUGCUUCCUGCCUUUGAACGUGACAAGAACCGUGGCUGUGGUGCUGAUAAAGUACUUUCAACGACAGUGCCAUGUUCUCCUGCAGGCUGAGACGGCAUACUACACAUCCUGGAUCUUAGUGGGAGUGAGGAGCUGUCUGGAUCCUCUGCUGUACUGUUUUGGUUCACAAAAGUUUAGAGAUGCUUUGCAGUCUUUCAGGGUUGGGCAGGUAGACCGUCCCAACAGAAGUGAUUCAGAAAUGACUCCAAAUCAGUAACACUUUACACACACAGUUCAGAUACUCAACUUACUGUUUACCUUUUCUUUUAUUAUCUGUUUUUAUAAUACUGUGGCCUGUUGCACCAGCUCUGCAUAAGUCCUGUCCUAAGUUAGGGUGUUAAGUCCUCACUGAGCAAAACGUUGAACAGUUUGUUUGUAACUUAAGUUAUGUCACUGUUUGGUUGCACCAUGGAGACUUAAAGGUGCAGUGUGUAGAAAUGGGAAUAUUAGAGACAUCUAGUGGUCAGAUGCUGGAAUGAAGUCCUUUGACCAUGGACGUGGAGGACGAAUUGCUCUCCUGAGAAUGGCAGUUAGUUAUCCAACAUUGUUUUACUGUCAGACAAAAGACUGAAAGACGUUAUUAAACUAUUAGGACAUCCUCAGGUCUCACAUCAAGUCUACAAGCUUGUGCAUUUUGCAACAUAUUUACCUUCAUACUUACCAACCACUCCAUUGCAGCCCACUACGACACUUAACCUUCCAACAAGUGAACAGGUAAAUACACUGUUUGAAGGUUUACGGAAACAAACACAUUAUUUGUUUCUUAAGCCGUUUGAUCUGA